AUCACUUUCCUAUUGUGUUAUAAUAAUUAUUAAUUGUGAGACGACAUUUUCAUUACUUCUAGAAUAAUUAUUCAUACGAUAGUAUAUUUCUAUAUUGAGUGAUAGACAAACCAUAAUUUUCAUCAUGAAAAUAAUAAAUAUUACAAUUUUCGUAUUUUUGUUUGUGAUACAAGCAUAUUCCUUACCAAAUGGAGUAAAAACAGAUCUACCUGACCUACCUUGUGAUCCAUCUGUAUGUGUACUUCCAGAAUGUUACUGCCCUGAUGGCGAAAACGGAACAUUUGUCCCAACUGAAACUGAACCUGCGAUUGUGCCAGAAGCCGGAAAGGAGGUUGGUAUAUCACCUAUUCCUUAUACAACUUUGGAACCUCAACCACCAGACAAUACAACUACGACAGUUGCACCCUCAACAAAUACUACUACAACUUCUACAACGACAGAACCACCCAAACCCGACACUACAACGCCAUCUACUACAACAUCAAGUACAACUGUAGCACCAAACACUACAACCGAAGCUCCAAAAACUACCACACAAGCACCAAAUACUACUACAUUAGCACCCAAUACUACUACUUUGGCACCAAAUGUUACAACUGUAGCACCAACAACUCUUGCCCCAGCAACUACUACAGUUGCACCACACAGUCACACACAGCGAUUCGAUUUCCCAAGCUUUAUUGGUGGUAUAAUGUUAACACUAGGUUUGUUAGCAAUUGGAAUUAUAUCCCAUAAAUUUUACAAAGCACGUACGGACCGUAAUUAUCACACUCUUUAAAAAAUAAUAAUUAAUAUAUUCGUUAAUGCUGAUUAGUUAAAGAAAAAAGAAAAAAAAUUGAGCUCAUCUGCAUUUAUUUUUUUUAAUUUUUUUUCUCGCCAAUUUGAUCUGUUAAAUAGUUUAUUGAUUAUUCUAUUUUUUGGGUGUUAAAUUUAUUUUAUUUUUGUUUUAAGUGAAUCAUUUUUCAUUUAGAAUAUGAUAUUUUGUUUUGUGAAUUAGAAUGGCAAAAGAAAAACAAAUGAAACUUUAAUUAACUCCAUCAAAAAUCUAGUCUUAGAAUCUCAUAAAUUUUGAUUACCAAAUGUUAAAAGACAACAUUUCAAAAAAUAUAGCUAGAAUUUUUUUAUAAGGGCUUUAAUCCUCAAUGAUUUUCCUUAUUUCGAUUAACUGUACCAAAUGUCGAAGAGCUGUUUAUCUAUGAAUAAGCAUAAUGCAUCGCUCGUUAGGGUUAAUUUAGGCAAAAGAAUUUACUACUAAUUUUCAAUUUUGUUUAAAAAAAGAUAUUUUUUGAUAAAAUAAAAAUUUGCUCAUUUGCUCAAUGAUUUUUUCAAUGGCCAUGAUAUUUUUUGUUGUAUUUUACUCAAAAUGGCUCAAUUACUUAAAUUAAGAAAAUAUUUUGUUGCCAUUCUAGUUACACUAUUUAUAAGUUGAAAAAAACAAAUUGAUUCUCAUUUAUAAGCAAAACCAGUUUAUAUUUCAGCAUGGAAUAUAUUGUGAUAAAUUAUUAGUCAAUAAUUUUCUAAAAGAAUUUAUUUAUUCAUAAGACUUUCACAUUAUUUAUCUGGUUAAAUCUCAAUAGCUUCCCAAUUCACGAAGGUGUAUUCCGAAGAAAAAUACUGAAAAACUAUUCGAUCAAACUUGACAUUCUGUUCAAAUUCGGAUAAAAAAAAAUUUUAGUCUCAACCAGGAGAAAAUCGUAAAAUAUUUUUAAUUUGAUGUGAUUUUCUUCCCAUAUACUAGAUAAAAAUAAUAAAGAUGAAAAAUCUUGUUCGAAUUGUCCGUGUUAAGUAAAUCGUAUCGAGGCUAUCAUUUGGGUCAUAGCUCAUGAAAGAUUUAUCAAGGAAUUUAAGCUAUCAAGAGUCAGUUUUUAGCUACUUUUAAAGGCAAAAUGAAAGGACAAGUUUAUCGUGGCGAUCAGUUUCAUAGAUUAGCGAUAUAGUUUUCGAGAUUAGACUCUUGAAAAUGCGUUUUUUUCUAAACAUCUCGGGAUGAAUAAAUUCAGCACCAGGUUGAGUUUCAAAUUUUUGUUUUCUUGGGUCUAAUUUAAAUUUUCAGGUUGUUCGUCAUACGGAAGCUAACCAAUAAGAAUUUUUAAUAAAUUAACUAUAGACGCUUAUUUUAUGACGUAUUUUAAGAAAUUAAAUUUUUUAUCAUCGUUUCGUCCUUCAAUAAUUAUUUCAUUAUUUUUAUCUAGUAAUUUUUGUAUAAUUACGAGACUUAAAUAAUCAGGGUUUUUUUUUUGUAAUUAUUGAAUUUCAUAACAUUAUUUCGAUUCGAUUAAUUACAACGAGCAUAUAUCACAUAAGCGCUUUUAGAAUGAAGCUUAAAUCUACGAUGAAAGUCCCUUCGUGAACGGCAGGUUAAUAUAAUAAUUAUUGGUAUAAAUAAUAUUCAAAGCUUUCUCAAAUUAUCAUAUCUCUUUUAUUUUUAUAUUUUAUUAAUAUUGAUAAAAUUGAACUGGUUUUGCAGUGACGGAAAUAACAUUAUUGCAAAUUAAACUACUCGAAACCAUACCAAUUAAAAACAAAAAUGUAAUUUAACUUUCUCAAGUCUUAACGGUUCGAGUGUUUAAUUUAGUAUUAUUUAUAAUUAUAUACUCUCCCCCUCUAAUUAAUUUACCAUAAUACAGUAUAUCAACAAGAAUAAGAUCUAUAAAUUUGUAUAUUGCCAGGUCGUAAUCAGAUAAUUUUUUUAAUUAGUGAAUAAAAUCAAAAAAAUGGUACUCGAAUAUAUUUUCUAAAAUCUCAAUUUAUCUGAAUACGAUCUUAAAUAUUUAGUGAUUUUUGUUUUUAAUUAUUUGAUUAAUAUUUUUAUAAAUAAAUAGUAUAAAAGCUGACCGUAAGUAAUUCUUCUUUGUGUUAACUUUCAUAUACUCAAAUAUGAAAUGAUAUUUGUAAAGCUCCGUGGUGUCAUCAUUAGGGGGGCUAUAAAUACAUUCCUCCUAAAUAUUUUUUGUCUUUCGAGCCUAAUGUGUAAAAGGAACUGAAAAAAAGGUCAAAAAGUUCAUUUAUUGUACACUAAAAAUUAAACUUUAGUGUUGUUAAGGAGGAUUUGCUACGUUCAGCUAUUUUACUAAAGUGAAAAAAAAAUUAAAUAUUAAUUCUACAUAUGUGAUUAAAAAAAUUAAAAUGCACUAUUUUAAUCUAGAAUAUGUUUUCUAGUGUAAAAAUUACCACAUAAAAAUAUUUCUCACAUUAUAAAAUCUCUAAAAAUAUUACAU